UGGAGCGGUCUCCGUGGCGACGGUCAACUCCGAGCGGCCUCGGCGCCCGGGGCCCCCGGCCAUGGCCGCCUACGGCCCCGGCGUGCGCGUCGGCAACUGGAGCGAGGACGCGGCGCUGGCGGAGGAGCUCCUGGAGGAUUUUCGGCAGAAGAGGGAACGCGGAGAACUUCUAAUACAGAAGUCCAAGAAACUUCAGGAUAAUCUCUUAAGGAAGGUGAAGCUGUCGCUGUCUAAGGAUGGAUUUGUUCAUUUUGGAGACACGGUGAUGCUUCUGAGCCCAGAUAACAACAAAUCCUCGACGGAGAAUCACCCCGGCGCGUGUGGCAGGCUGGCGCUGGCCGUUGAUCCGGAUGAGAUGGCCAUGUUUUCAGCCGAAUCUCUGCAAGUGCCCUGCGGAGUUAGCGCAGUCAAAAGCGUGGGCCCUGUCGGUCGAAAUACUUUUUGUAUCUUAAGUGUUGAUGGAGGUGCAAUGGGUGAACGCAUUAGAUUUGGGCAAAGAUUUGGUCUUGGGGCAACAGGGGGGUUUUCUGAUAAAAUGUUAUAUCUAGCAAGUGACCAUAAAUCAUUUCUGAGAUUUGCUAAAAAAUCUUACCUUCAGGAAGUUUUUUUGACAGAUGAACUUUCCUAUUUGACUCUCUGGCAUGCAGUGUUCCUGGAUCCACAGCUGCGUCUUGAAUAUGAAGGAUUUCCAGUUCCUGCGAACUCUAACAUUAUAAUUACUCAUUGCCAUACUAAUCGGAGCUUGGCUGUUCCAAGGAACUUUUGGAUAAGAUCUUAUUUUGGGAUGGAAUAUGAAGUAGUUUGUCACACCUAUCUGAACUCCCAUAAAGCUGAAGAAGAUAAGAAUUAUUGGCUAAUAGUUACAGGAAAUCCCAGUGAUGAGGAAAGUACUAUGAUUGAUAGACCUGACCCUCACUCAGGAGGGAUCAGAAAGAAGAAUGAGUUUCAUGAAGAGACACAGAAUAUAAAAAUCUCAGAUUAGAACCUACAAAUGUUGAUGAGAUUGAUUCCUGUUUUUUCUGUUUAGAUUUUAAUUCUAGAGAUGUUUAUUUUAAAAGCAGAAAUGAAAGUCUACCCUUAGUAAUAUAACAUAAUCUCAUUAACUCAUUAGGUUUGUAUAGUAGGCAAAAAUUGCAUAAUAAAAUUAGAUGAACCAUGCACAACCUCAAAAAUCCAUGAAUCAAGAAGGGCUAAUUUUUCCUUUUUCACAUUCACUGCUGCCAAAAGAUGUCAGAAUCCAGUAAAUCUAAUAUAUUUGCAAUAAAUUACUCGCCUUCAGAGGUAUUUAGCCAAUUCUUCCAGAACCAAACCCAUAUCUCCUUUUUUAAAAGCAUGAGUGGAUGCUAAAAAGCAGAGUCAUGCCAGCUAUCAUGGGAUACUUUGACAGUUAAAGGUCAUCUGAGAGAACUUGGUUGUUGAGCUUGCUCCAUGAUAUGUCUAGCACAAUGUUACCAAUAAAAAAAUCACAACUGAGGUCUCAGUAUUUGAAAAUCAGCUUCGGAUUCAUGAGAAUUAAAAUAAAGGUAUAAACUGAGUUUCUUUACCUUUGUCCAUGCAUUCUAAACUUUUAAGUGCUAACUCUCCAAACACUUGACCACAGUGAUGCAGACUAAGAACUUUUGACAAUCUUUUCCUUAGUCACAAAGCUUGCAUAACUUGCUCUAUUUGCCUCCCACCCUCAGAGUUUUUCGAUCCAUAAUAAUUUCAACCAAGUUUGACAGCAAGGUGGAAUUCUCAAAGAAAACAAAGCUGCUAUAAGUUUCAUGAAAAUACAUGCCAAGGUAGAAGAGGAAGGAGAGACCCUGUAAGCUUGUCCAAUAAGAAAAGGAUUGUAGUCCAUGUUCAUACCUAGUUAGAGACCAGAGAAUCCACGUGAAAGAAAAUUGUUAUAAAUGGCCCAAGCAUGGGAAAAGUUUCGGCUGGAACUUGCAUUUUCUUAAACACCAAAAUCAAUCAAGCAUGAGACACAAAGACAGGGAAAACAGAUAUCAUUACUUUAUAGAGCUACCUGUCUUUAUAUGGAAGCUGAAACUGCACCACAAAGAAUUUCCUUAAAGUACAGCAUUCUAUUAUAUCCCUUUAGUAAAAUAAUUGCACAUAUAUCUGUUCCAUUUCUUACAGUAUCGGCACUGUAAAGGAACAGCAGGCUGUUUGUGCACAUCAAGUUAAGUAAGGGAAUUUCUGAGUAAAAUACUACACAAAUCAUCUCCAUUCUCACAAAGGAUUCCAAAGACCUUAAAUGUUUAUAAAGGUCAAACAAAACCUUUUAAGUUAAGUUUUACUGAAACUGAAACAAAAACACUAAACUUUCACAAAGGAAGGGACUGAUCCAAACAUGUGAUGACUUCAAACUCUCUCCCAGGUAGACAGGUUUCAAACCUGCUGGUGAGUCUUUAGAAGUAUUUGCCUUUAGUCAAUGUAAAUGAACUCGGCAGACUGCAGAAUAGCCUAACUAGCACUUGGCCUAGGGGGUCUCAGAGCAGGAGACAGAUUACAGUUCUGUAAAAUACAGCUUUACUGUGGAGGAAUCACAGAAGACAGUUUUUGAGUCACGCUCUCAGUGUGUGAGCUUUGAUAGAUCUGUUAUUGAUGGGCUUAUGCUAUUUUGAAUCUGGCAAAUUUAACAGCCUUUUUCCAUUGGGUUAAUUGUAGAGGCCUUAGAAGAGGCCUUAACCCAAAACCACUGCUGAAGCAAAGCUUCAUGUGGAUUCAUGCAGGAAUGAGGACUGUGUGGGCAGGGAGCUUGGCUGGCUAACGUUGUGUAUAGGAGUGUUUGUGUGAGUGUGUGGGAGAGAAGCAAAACAAGUUUUGUACAGUCUUAGAACAAAACCAGAGAUGAACAGAUACCAAAAUGAGUGCAGAAAGAGACAGGUGCUGGUUAAACAUGGCUUGGAGCCUCUUGGGUGGUUUUUUGAUCAAUCUACAGUUGAGGGAAAUAAACCGGAUUGUUGGAAAAAUGCUGGAUUAUUUUGCUUUUGGAGAAUAAACAGAACUGUAUAAACAA